AUUUUGAAGAAUUAUAUAAUGUCAUUAUUUUACCAUUUAAUAAAAUUAAAUUUCAAGAACCAGAGGAACCUAUAGAUAUCAAUUUAGAGCAUACUACUUUACAACCAUAUAUUAAUAAACAACUAGGUAUUGAUUCCAAAAAAACAGGUAUAUAUAGAGCACCAAGAUCUACAGGUCUAGUUAACUUAAAUGGAUAUCUAUCUUCAAAACUUCCAGAUAGGGAAAAAUCUUCUUUACCUCCUGGAUGUAAUUUUGUUAAUGAAAGCAAAAAUUAUAAUAAAAAGAAAAAAAAAAAAAGAAGUUCAAAAAGUAAACAAAAGAGAGAGACAUUCUAA